UGACUUCACCAUGUACCACUGUCAACAUUUCCCCACGUCAUCAAACAAAAGAGGAGUAAUCUCCCCCGUCUGACAGCUCAACAGAUGAAUCUUAUUUUACCUAGAGGUAGUUUUUAUACAGGAAACUAUGGUAAUAUGGACAUUUCCUUAUUAUACACACUACUAAGAAACAUUUGUGGCAUACCUCCUCAUAACAAUGGCUGGGGAAAUGAUCCAGACUCUAAAGAUCGAUCUCUCUCUGCCAACAUUGAGAGAAUUCGUAAAGCCAGAAAUCAGUGUGUACAUUCUUCUAGUCCCGUCCUCUCCAAUGCUGAUUUUAACACAAUCUGGUCCACUGUGAGAUCAGCAGUUGUGGACCUUGACUCUUUUCUUAAUAACGGGAACCAGUUUAAAAGAGAGGUGGACUUUUUGAGACAUGAGACAAUGGACCCUGUCCGUGACUGCCAUUACAUAGAACAACUAAGAACACAGGCUGAAGAAGAUGCAGAAACUAGAAAAAUGGUCCAAGGCCUGAAACGAAAAUUAGAAGAGAGUGAAACGGACAGAAUUGAAAAUCACAAUAAAAUGCUAAAAAUUGUUGAUGAAAUUAAAACGCCAGAGUCUGUAAUCCCUCCGAAUGUCAGAGAUAUUUUUGAAAAAGAUCUCAUUCAAUGGAAAGAGGAAGAUGGGGUUUACAGUGAAAGCCACAGUUUUUCUGCAAUGUUGGGUCAAGUCAGAAAGCAACAUUUGUUGGUGUCCCAGGCUCAGAAAAAUCAGCAACGAUUCAUCACAUAGCCCUGAUACUCCAAAAAGAAGGAUACGUGGAAGUACCUAUUAUAGACAUCAGGAAGAUUGAAGAUUAUUGUGACUCUCGUCAUCCACAGGUUUUUGUCAUUGAUGAUGUGGUAGGUGUUUUAGGUCUGCAAAAACAAA